ACACACACACACACACACACACAGUCCGCUUUUCUUGUGUAAAUAUUUUCUUUCACACUGAAUAUACCCCGGAAUCUGGUUCUGAAUAUUGCUGCAAAAGAAAAUCGCAUCGCAUUCACAACCUGCAAAGUGCACGAGCUCCCGGUUUCAAAGGAUGCAGACAUGCGUGAAAACAACGCGCGCGUGUGCGUUUAGAAACAGUGUUGAGAAACUGCCACACACGACAAGAUCCGUUUCCUGUGCGCGCGCUUCUCAGUCAGAGCGCAAGCACGCGGCAUUGAUGCUCACUUAGGAGAGCGCGAGACUAACAUUAACAUUCACAUUAACACUAACUCCGAGUUCAGCUGAUCGUCACAGACUUUGGACGGUUGGUUUCAGAGCACGCGAGGAGUAAAGCAAACCCCACGGAAACUGUUGAUUAGAGGUGUUAUAGCAUUGGGGCAUGUUUGCACUGUGCAUCUGGUGGGAAACCUGUUUCGCGUCCUGUUUGUACGUGAAGCGUAGCGUGUAGGGUGAGAGGCGGCGGCGGCGACGCACGCAUGAGCCGCGAGCUCGGAGCAGCGCGCACUCUUGGCCGGCUUCGGUGACGCCAUGCCGCGCGACCGCGGUGGAGACGAAGGCGCGUCCGGCGGCGUGCGCCUCGAAGCUCGUGGCACGGAGGAUGUGGAACGGGGUGGCGGGGUCGCGCGGCGCCCGGUUGCUGACGGACGGCGGGGAGAACGUGGUGCCCGUCUCAGCCUGCUCGGAAAACCGUUGGUAUACGGCGCGCAAAGCGGACGCAGGAACGCGCGCUACCGCCGACUACAGAACUGCCUGUACAACGUGCUCGAGCGACCGCGAGCCUGGGCUUUUGUCUAUCACGCGCUGGUGUUUGUGUUGGUGUUCGGCUGUUUGGUGCUGUCCGUGUUCUCAACCAUUCCAGAACAUCUAGAAUUGUUAUCACGUGCUCUGUUUAUACUGGAGUUUGUGAUGAUUAUUGUGUUUGGGAUGGAGUACGUCGUGCGGCUCUGGUCUGCAGGCUGUUGCUGCCGGUACCGAGGAUGGCAGGGACGACUGAGAUUCGCUCGAAAGCCAUUCUGCAUAAUAGACAUCAUAGUGCUGAUCGCGUCGGUUGCCGUGGUUUCAGCCGGUAGCCAGGGCAACAUCUUCGCCGCGUCGGCACUGAGGAGCAUGCGCUUCCUGCAGAUCUUGCGCAUGGUGCGUAUGGAUCGGCGCGGAGGCACCUGGAAGCUUCUGGGGUCUGUAGUUUAUGCACACAGCAAGGAGCUCGUAACUGCCUGGUACAUCGGAUUUCUGGUGCUGAUCUUCGCCUCAUUCCUCGUCUACCUUGUAGAGAAGGACUUGAAUAAGGAAUUUUCUACGUACGCUGAUGCGCUCUGGUGGGGCACGAUUACUCUGACCACAAUAGGCUACGGAGAUAAGACUCCCAAGACGUGGACGGGCCGCUUGCUGUCCUCCGGCUUUGCGCUCCUCGGCAUCUCCUUCUUCGCUCUGCCUGCGGGGAUCCUGGGUUCUGGUUUCGCCCUUAAAGUCCAGGAGCAGCACAGACAGAAGCACUUUGAGAAGAGAAGGAAUCCUGCAGCUUGCCUUAUCCAGUGUGUGUGGCGUAGCUAUGCGGCUGAUGAGAACUCGGUUUCCAUCGCUACCUGGAAGCCACAUUUAAAGGCAUUGCAUACCUGCAGUCCUACAAAGAAGGAUCAAGCAGAGACUUCGACAAAUAAGGGUUUUAGGGAUAAGAGUGGACUUCGAAGGAAACUCAGUUUGAGGAGUCAGAAGCUGAGCUUUAAAGACCGCGUAAGGAUGGCAAGUCCUCGUGGUCAGAGCAUUAAGAGCAGACAGACAUCCAUCACAGACCGGCGUUCUCCAGGCUCUGAGAUUAACGCAGAUAGCUCCAGUCCAGUUAAAGUGCAAAAGAGCUGGAGCUUCAACGACCGCACUCGCUUCAGACCCUCUCUCCGUCUCAAGAGCCAAUCUCGCUCUACCACAGACGGUGAGGCUAAUAUAGUACCGGAGGAGAGCGUCGAUGAGAAAGGCUGUCACUGUGAGUUCUCUGCUGAAGACUUGUUACCAGCAGUGAAGAGCGUGAUCCGAGCAGUCCGGAUCAUGAAUUUCCUUGUGGCAAAGAAGAAGUUUAAGGAGACACUGCGUCCAUAUGACGUCAAGGACGUGAUCGAGCAAUAUUCAGCAGGACACCUGGACAUGCUGUGUCGAAUUAAAAGUUUACAGACGAGGGUUGAUCAGAUCCUGGGGAAGGGGCAGAUCCCUGUAGAUAAGAAGCUGAGGGAGAAGAUGCUGUCUGAUGGUGAUCUGCUUGAGGAUGUCAGCAUGUUGGGAAGGGUGUGUAAAGUCGAGAGACAGGUCCAGUCUAUUGAAUCAAAGUUGGACUCGUUGCUAGACGUCUACCGGCAGGUUCUGCAGAAAGGCACAUCCUCAGCUCUCAGUCUGUCCUCUCUGCCCCUGUUCGAGCUGGCCCAAUCGACAGACUACCCAAGUCCAGUCUUUACCAAGGAUCUCUCGUCUCCCUCACAAUUUAGCCAAGUGAGUAGCUCCAACUUCCCUCGGGGCUUCCAUCUCAUCCUGGCUCCCAACGAGUUCAACUUCAACUUGAACAACUCAUCAGGGACUUCCUCCGUAGACGACAAGCUCAGUUCUGCUUCACUGUUCAGCCCACUUCAGCCUCUUGCUACACCCACUGCAGAUUGCCCACCUGUUUUCACGCCAAACAGUAUACACUCUGGAGGGGUGCAUUUUCCCAAACUGGCAAGCCCUCCUCCACCCCCUCCAUCGUCUGCCCGGUUUCAGCUGCCCCUGUUGCUGCCUCAGUCAGGCAGAGUGAACAAUGGAUCAACCCAAUCUCAGUCCAGUCCUUCUGAUCGCUUCCCACCCUCAUAUUCAAACAGAUCCCAGCAGGACAUGGCACCCAGCAGCAAAGAGGAUGCUUCUUGGAGAAGACAUAUGAGCCCAGACAUGGGAAUGGACAUGGAUCCUCUGGUGGAGCUCUCAACCUCCUCAGUGCCAGAUAGAGGAGACCAGUCAGUUUCCACAGGAAAGUCCUUCUCUGUCCAGGACCUUAUUCCAGAGGUUGAUGGGCAUCACAGCCUGUCAGCCAGCAGCAGCCAGGACUCAGAGAGUGAGGUGGGAGGAAGUGGAUGGGCUGAGGCAGAGCUCUUCAUAGCAGAUGGAGACCUGGAGAACUCUGGGCAGACUCGGUCCCCAAGCUUUGGCUUCCUGGCCCAACCUGCGGCAAAUUCCAAUUUCUCCUCUGAACUUUUGAGGACAGGGACAGCAACGAGGGACAGCCUCAGCAUGGCAUCCAAAUUGGGUGGUGCAAAGCCUUUCAUUAUGCCACAUGUCCGGCUAAAACAAUAAGCCACAGACGUGAUGAAUUCUUAUUAGGCUUCUUGAAGAACAUGAAAACUUUGUCUAAUUUUUGAAUAUUUUAUUUUAGAAGCCAGAAAUGGGAGGUCAGAAAGGCAAGAAUGGAGUUUGGGGUAUUUUUAUUUUUAAAAUUUGUUUAAUUUUUUGAUUUAAUUUUAUAUAUUGUUAAGUACUGAUUUAUUUAGAAAAAAGUUUCAUACAGUGAACUUACAUGAGGAUUUUUGAUUGCAUGGAGUGUGCUUUAUUAAGCACUGAGUUUUCUGGUUAGCCUAAGGAGGGAAAUCCACAAUAUAAUGAAAAGGCGCUUUCCUGUGUUGUGUUCCUUUGCUUAGAUUAUAGCAGAGUGAAAUUUACAUUUUUUCUUAAUUUCCUUUUGGGUCAUAUUCCAUUUCUUAUGUCCCAAGAAAAAAACCAUGCAUGUGGAGACAGGUAAGACUGGAAAUGUAUUUUAUAUGUGAAUGUAUUAUCGAUUGGCUCUUUCAUGUGCACGGGUAAUAUCAAGGUUUAGUUGUGUUCUCAAAUCAGUCUUUUCACUCACUCGGUCUCAGACUGGGUAUUUUGGUCCACACCUAAGUGCGAUUGCUGUGUUCACACUUGACUAAAACAUCCACAGAAAUAAAAGUUCCCUGACAAGCUUAAAAGGAAAUAUCAGAAAACAGAAAGCGAUGUUAAACUGGAAAGUUGUCUUGACAAUGCCAUUUGAAAGACACGAGAAAAAGUCACUGAAGGCCAAAGGGAGUGUUGAGAGUAGGGGUAGCUUCAGUGGAAGUGCCAAGGAGCCAUCAGGGUUAUGAAACUAUUUGCUAUAAAGAGUCAAGUUUUAUAAUAACUCAUCAUUGGUUGCUGGAUUCUGGGAAUUUUCAGGAUGUUUAUGUGUGAAUAAAACCAAUAAAGUUCACUAAUAGA